CGUAGCGAGCGACUGAACACCAGAUAUUUAGCCCACUCGGGUAGAAGGAGAUGUCAUAUCAUCGACACGGUGUUGAGACAAGGAGCUAGACGGAGUAGGUGAUUUCACACGUCCUAGCUACAACAGAGGGAAGAAUGGACGGAAGUAAGGCCGGAAGUCUCCAAAGCGUCACCGGAAGUAAACAUGUUCUGUAUCCAGAAUCUAUCACAUUUGACAAAGGGAGUUGGUGGAGUCGGCGGUCGAGCCUGGAGAAGAAGAUGGUGGCUCUGAUCGUGCUGUGCUUCCUCGCUGCCGUUAUCCUCCUCGUCGUGGUCGUCGUGCUAGCUGUCGAGCGGAACAAUGCUGCCACUGACGAAGACGCACACGUAAUGCCGAUGACGUCUCCAGCGCCUGAACCAGCUGUUUGCCUUACACCUGAAUGUGUUGCCACAGCCGCUCGUCUCACGGGCAGGAUGAACAUGAACGCCGAACCCUGUGACAACUUCUAUGACUUCGCCUGCGGUUCUUGGAUGGAAAAGAACAUCAUCGCUGAAGACAAGUCCAGCAACAACAUCUUCACCAACCUCGACGACAGUCUGCUCAUCAAACUGCAAAAUCUGCUCGAAGCACCCUUUGCCGAAGGAGAAGCCACUUCUGUUAAAGAAGCUAAGACGAUGUACAAGUCCUGCAUGGACCUAGGUGCGUAUACUUCUACUCAACGCCUGUAUCGUUCUGUGAUCAGAUAA